UAGUGUAUUCACUCUGAGAGCUAAAACUGGAUCACCAAACACAAGGCAAUGUGUUCACACUGAUGACUAAGCUAGAGUUAACAAGGCUGAGCGAAUGCUGAAUUACAGCAAGAUGCCUUCCUAUGGAUUAGACAAUAAUCCAUCUGCCCAUCUCUGGUGCGAGAUCUCAUGGCACUCUGGAAGUGGAGGAACGUUCUACAGGAAAUUGAUGCAGUGGAAAUUACCCUCGAGAAACUACGUGGACUCUCCCAAGAUGACAAAACAGAAAAAGCCUUAUUACGAUCUAGAAUAGAUGAACAGUCGCAGCUCAUCUGCAUCCUCAAACGACGAGCAGAUGAAUUCUUAUUGCGUUGCCAAACUUUGGAGACAAUUAACACUGAGCUGGAGAACCAGCACAAAGACCUCAAGCGACAAUUAGAGGGCCAACUAAAGGAGUCAGCUCAGCUCGAGAAGCGAUUCAUGGACCUGGCAUUCAACCACAAAGAACUCAUCAAAUUCAAGGAUGAAUACAAGAGUCAGAAUGCAGAGCUCAGAAAGCAAAAUGAAAAGCUCCAGAAAGAGAAUGAAAAUAUUUUCUGUAAAGCACUGGAACAGAAGGACAACAAAAUAGCCAAGCUCUCCAAUGAGUUGGGAAAAUGUUUAAAGCAAUGCAAGGCACUGGAACAGGAAUGCAAUCAAAUAACACAGAAUUUACAGAGAAAAGAAAGUGAGCUUUUAGAGAAACAAACAAGCACAGAGAAGUUUUAUCUUAAUGAAGUGCAAUCAUUAAGGGCAAAGCUGAAAGAUUCAGAAGAUCGAUAUAAUGUGGCUGAACUGAAGCAGAAAGAAUCUGCAGAAAUCAGAAAUCGCAAAGAAACAGAAUUUGAACACAAAUUGUAUGUGCUGUCCCAAGAGAAGGAAGAACUUCUGAAACUUUCCAUGCAGCGAGGGAAAAUUAUACAGGAAAAACAAAAGGAUAUUCAACGACUUGAGGAGAAGUUAAAAUUAACAGAAAAAGCAAAAAAAGAUGCAGAAGAAAGGUUUCAAUAUGAAUCUACAGCAGUAAAUGCAAAUGUCAAAGUCAAGGAAUUACAGCAGCAGUAUCACAAAUCUCAACAGGUUUAUGCUGACUUGGAAAGGGAAUUUGAAGCUUUCAAAAAGCAUAGCAAUGAUCUGCUAACAAAAGAGAAGGAACUGAAUGCCAAACUCCGUCAUCUGAUUGACUGAUGCCAGAUUUCAACAUUGGUAUAUUUUACUAACUUUGCAUUUUGCAGUCAAUUGACCCUCUAGAACCAGAUAUAAAUAAA